AUGGACGCGCUACGAUCAGCUCUCCAACCCGUCACGCACAACCUCCCGAAACCUGUGGCCAACCUGGGCGAAUCUCUCCUCAACCCCAUCUGCUACAAAACGCUCGUCUACAAUGUCGAUCUCACAGCGACUGAGUGCGUCAAGCUCGCUAUCAGCAAGGGCUUAGACAUCGGCAUCGUCGGCGCACCCAGCAUCCUGAAGGUGCCGCAGCUGCUCAAGCUCAUCAACUCGCAGUCCGCAGAAGGCCUCUCCUUCCUCUCCUACUUCCUGGAGUCUGGCGCCUACCUCAUUAGCUUGUCGUACAAUACAGCGCUUAUCCUGGUGCAAAAUAUCGCGAUCGCGUGUUUGGUGCUGAAAUACAGUGGGAAUUUGGUUGGAAUUGCGGGAUGGCUUGGUGGCCUGAUUGCGGCGGGCGCGGCGCUGUUUAACGAGGGUUGGGUCGAUAAUGAGCGUCUAAGUUUCUUGCAGGCGACGGCGGGCGUGUUGAGCGUCGCGAGCAAGGUGCCUCAGAUCUUGACGAUUUGGUCUGAGGGUGGGACAGGGCAGCUGAGCGCUUUUGCUGUUGUCAACUACCCCCUCGGCUCCCUCUCCCGCAUCUUCACUACGCUUCAAGAAGUCGACGACCCACUCCUCCUCUACGGCUUCAUCGCGGGCUUCGCGUUUAAUGCCGUGCUCUCCCUGCAGGUUAUAUACUACUGGAACGCGCCAACAUCAAAGGAUACCGAGUCGAAGAAGCUUGAUUGACGUAAGGUUCGCUAAUGCUGAGUCCAACCAGGUAGAUCUCUAAUGGAGGCGGCAGUGGUGUAGGUGACGCAGCAAGCCUAGGCACAAUACGCAGACACGUAAAAGGAACAUACAUCGUGUUCUAUAAUUAACAAAAACAGUAUAUAUAAAAGACAGCAAAACUUGAUAGUGUUAUGGU